GUCUGGUCCGCCUGAGAGACGCGGAUGGAUGCUGCAGUUACCCGUUGUUGUUUGUUGUUAGUCGGUUGUCUCCUCCUCCGCGUGUCGUUGAGCCACUUCCGUAAAGCUACUUUCAAAAUAAAAGCUAUGCAGUAGUUUCCCACAGCACUGGAACGCAGCACCAGGUCGGUUUCUACAACAACGACUGACAACAGACGAAGAUGGUUUACAUCACAGAGGACAUGGUCCGUCGGCGAGCUGAGCACAACGAGUGUGAGAUCUUCUCCUUGGAGGAAGUUUCUCUGCAUCAGCAGGACAUCGAGAGGAUCGAACACCUGGACAGGUGGUGCAGGGACCUGAAGAUCCUCUACUUGCAAAACAACCUCGUCCCCAGGAUAGAGAAUGUUGGUCGCCUGAAGAAACUGGAGUAUUUGAAUCUGGCCUUGAACAACAUUGAAGUCAUUGAAAACCUUGAAGGCUGCGAGAGCCUCCAGAAAUUGGACCUGACGGUGAACUUCGUUGGUCGUCUGAGCAGCGUUGAGUCUCUGAAGCACAACAUCCACCUUAGAGAGCUGUUCCUCGUGGGGAACCCCUGCACUGAGUUUGAGGGCUACAGGCAGUAUGUGGUGGCCUCUCUGCCCCAACUCAAGUGGCUGGACGGGACAGAGAUCAGCCGCUCAGAGAGGAUUCGAGCUGCUCAGGGACUGGAGGAGGUGAAGAGGCGAGUCUCGGAGCAGGAGAGGGAAUACCUGAAGAGGAGAGCUGAGGAGAAAGAGGAGGCGCAGAGGAAGGCUGCAGGAGAGGAGACGGGAAACAAUGAGAAGAAAGAAGGCUUUGACAGUGACAUCAGCAGCAGAGUUCCAGGGUCAGAGGAGAAUAAGGAGAACCAAGAGAUGGAGGAGAACACAAAGCUGCCGCUGACGAGCUCUGAGUUAGACGAGGAGCAACAGGAGAAGGAGUUCUGGAACACACCGUGUUCUUUCACCCCUGAAUCCCGUCUAGAGGCUCACCGCCACCUGGAGGAGAAGAGGAGGGCGAAGGAGAAAGAGAAAGAGAAGAAGAAACCGAAGGCCUCAAGGACCCUGAUCACUGCUGAUGGACGAGUCAUGAACGUCAAUGAGGCCAAGCUGGAUUUCUCUUUGACUGAGGAUGAAGAAAACAACACCAUUGUCUUAGACUUGGCAGUGUACAGACACAUGGACACCUCCCUGAUAGAUGUGGAUGUUCAGCCAACAUACGCCCGAGUCACCGUCAAAGGAAAGAUAUUUCAGAUGGUUCUGCCCGCCGAAGUGAAGCCCGACAGCUCGACAGCUCAGAGGUCCCAAACCACCGGACACUUGGUCCUCACCAUGCCCAGGGCUGCAGGUGAAAUCAAAGUGACAAAGACCGUCCAGCGUCCACCCAGAGCGUGUCAGAACACACACGGCAGCUCGUCAGACGACAAUACGAGGAGAAAUAACCUUCCUGAGCGACUGGAGGUUGACCACAGCAAGCACAUGGCCCUCGACCUCGCCAACAUCGUGCCACGCCAGAGCACCAACGGAGGCCCGCUGGAAGCAUCCAGAACGGCUCCACCUGCCUCCUCAGGCCACGGCAGCUCCUCUGAAGGGUUCGUGGACGACCCCGAUGUCCCCCCACUCAUAUAAGAAUGAGAAAUAAUGUUUAGGACAGAGGUGUCUGUUCUCUGUCGCUGGUAGCGUGAACGCUUUGAAACUCCUGAUACUGCAGGUAGGAAAAGAUCCUAUAGGAUAGGAAGCAGUAAGGAAGCAGUAAGGAAGCAGUAAGGAAGCAGUAAGGCUUUUUCAAUGAGCUGGAGCUUUAUUUAACUUUGUGUUUCCUGUCCCAGUUUACUGAAAGAGUCAUUAAAGCUACAAGACACUGACAACAUUUGCUAACAUUUAGGUUCUGCUAAUUUCUGACACCAUCUUAUUUCCUGAAAAUAAAGGAAAUGGUGUAAAUAUCAAUGUUACAUUCUGAUACAUGUACAUGUUCAUCUAAUGUUGUAAACCCAAUAUCAUUUUUACAUGUUUUGAUAUUUUUUUUAUCCUUAAUAGCAACCAAACUUUUGAAUUCCAAACAAUACGUGAGUUUUUUUUUUUUUUAUUAAAUGAAAAAUAGUAAACAUGGAGGAUUUUUAUGAAUUGAAUUCUCGUUUCAGUUUCAGUGUUUGAUGUUAUUGACAAAUUUCAAUUGUUACAGAAAAAUAUUUGAUAUCCAUCCCUGAGUAGCUGAAAGAUCUGAUCCUUCUUUGGAAAUGCCCUGAAAAUGCGUGAGGGUGAACAUCUUCAAUAUGAAAUGAAAACAACAUAUUCUGAUCCUUUGACUGUAAAUAAAGAUGGACGUUGACUCCG